AUGGCGCCAGGCUCACGAAAAUCUUCGACGAUAUUAAUAUCUGAAGAUAUUUUCGGGUCACAAACGUUGUUGACGUCGUCAUUCGGUAUCGAGGCUUUAUAUCAUGCUGUCACCACAGUGCUCAAAUCUUUGUUCGAGUUCCACAAAGUCAACCGGUCCACGAAGAGAGAUAAUCUCAUCAACUUGAACGGACAGGUCAAGAACGACGAGGAAGUCCUGCUCAAGCAACCACCUAGGGUACUGAAGACAUGGAGGAUAUUCUGGAUGGGUGCGAAGCAUUGCCGACCGGGGCCUUCCACCCCGGGCGGAAAUAUCAGAUUUGGCGAUGAUCACGUACGCAGAAGAGACUGCGUCCUGGUAACGAUGCAGAACCCUGAGCAUCAAACGUAUGGGAAUAAGGGAAGUGCCUACCUUCAGCUUGGCGCCAUGAGGGAUGAUGGAGCCAAGAACCUGCUUCUCAAAGCGGCUGACGAACCCCAGCCAUAG